CAUUGUAAUAAGAUAGUCCAAAAAUAGUUCGUGGAAUACAUCUUGAUGUAUUGAAUCGCAUUGCAAAAAAAACAAGCUACUUCUUCGCAUUGCGCGUCAUGCGAGAGCAUUCAAACAGGACUCAGUGUACUGCCUUUUCUGUUACAUUAGUAAUAACAGCAGCAUUGACUGAAGACAGCAGGAGCGCAAGACAACGCUUGUAUGAGUGCAGCGCCAGCGGAGGAAUAUUCGAGUUUUUAUUUACUCUCCGGCUUGUUGUUCAUUUCUCUGCUUUCUGGUUAACUUGUACAGUCACGUGUGGAGAUUUCUGGAAGCUCAACGUACACCAACUUCUUCUCACGUGGUGGCUCUCGUUUUCCUAGAAGAGAUAAACCUGCGUUUUUGACAUCUCUGGACUGGAUUCCUUCCCCUCCUGGAACAGACGGACAACAACCACACAUUUUCACCCUCAGGGAUGAAAUAUGCAACGGAUGUAAGAAGAGCACACACGUUCUGAAGUCAUAAAGGGGUUUUAAGUCAUGAUGCAGGAGUCGGCCACAGAGACAAUAAGCAACAGUUCAAUGAGUCAAAAUGGAAUGAGCAGCCUGAGCAGCCUAUGCAGCCAAUUAGAUGCUGGCAGUAGAGAUGGAAGAUCAAGCGGUGACACGAGCAGCGAAGUAAGCACAGUCGAGCUGCUGCAUCUCCAACAACAGCAGGCCCUACAAGCAGCGAGACAAUUACUCUUACAACAGCCAGGCAGUGGCCUGAAAUCUCCAAAGAACAACGACAAACAGCGUCCACUGCAGGUGCCGGUGUCAGUGGCCAUGAUGAGUCCCCAGGUGAUCACCCCCCAGCAGAUGCAGCAGAUCCUCCAGCAGCAGGUCCUAUCCCCUCAGCAGCUCCAGGCCCUGCUCCAACAGCAGCAGGCUGUCAUGCUGCAGCAGCAACAUCUGCAGGAGUUUUAUAAGAAACAGCAGGAGCAGCUACACCUGCAGCUUUUACAACAGCAGCACCCUGGAAAGCAAGCAAAAGAGCAACAGCAGCAGCAGCAGCAUCAGCAGCAGCUCGCCACCCAGCAGCUCGUCUUCCGGCAGCAACUCCUCCAGAUGCAACAGCUCCAGCAGCAGCAGCACCUGCUCAACAUGCAGCGCCAGGGCCUGCUUUCCCUGCCUCCGGCCCCAGGACAGGCAGCCCUCCCCGGGCAGACCAUGCCACCAGCUGGACUGAGCCCAGCAGAUCUCCAACAGUUGUGGAAGGACGUGACCGGUGGCGGCCACAACAUGGAGGACAACGACAUCAAACACAGCGGCGGCGGCCUGGACCUGACCACUACCAACUCUUCCUCGACUACCUCCUCUACCCCUUCCAAAGCGUCACCUCCCAUCUCCCACCACUCCAUCGCCAACGGCCAGUCUCCCGCACUCAAUUCCAGAAGAGAGAGGGAGCGAGAGAGGGAACGGGAAAGGGAGAGCUCAUUACACGAGGAAAGCGGCGCCUCCCACUCCCUCUAUGGUCAUGGGGUGUGCAAGUGGCCCGGCUGCGAGAGCGUCUGUGAGGACUUCGGACAGUUUUUGAAGCACCUUAACACAGAGCAUGCUCUAGACGACAGGAGCACGGCCCAGUGUCGAGUCCAGAUGCAGGUGGUACAGCAGCUAGAGAUACAGCUUUCUAAAGAACGUGAGCAUCUUCAGGCGAUGAUGGCCCACUUGCACAUGCGGCCCUCGGAGCCCAAGCCAUCUCCAAAACCUCUGAACUUGGUAUCGAGCGUCACCAUGUCGAAGAACCUGCCGUCGGUGUCCCCUCCGAACGUACCUCAGACCCCCACCACGCCCAGCGCCCCCGUGACGCCCAUGUCCCAGGUGCCCCAGGUGCCCUCCCUGCUCAGCGCCGCCAACGUCCCAAGCAUGGGCGCCAUGCGCAGACGUCACUCCGACAAGUACUCCAUGCAACUGUCUUCAGGUGGUGACACAGUAUUUAUUUUUCCAGAGAUCGCCCCAAACUAUGAGUUUUAUAAGAAUGCCGAUGUCAGACCGCCAUUUACUUAUGCAACCCUCAUAAGGCAGGGUAUCAUGGAGUCGGGCGACAUGCAGUUAACGCUUAAUGAAAUCUACAGCUGGUUCACCCGCACGUUCGCUUACUUCAGACGCAACGCAGCUACUUGGAAGAACGCCGUUCGCCACAACCUCAGUCUGCACAAGUGCUUUGUGCGUGUGGAGAACGUGAAGGGGGCCGUGUGGACGGUGGAUGAGAUGGAGUACCAGAAACGCAGGUCUCAGAAGAUAACGGGAAGCCCGACGCUUGUGAAGAACCUUCCCUCCAGCCUGGGCUAUGGAGCUGCUUUAAACGCCAGCUUACAGGCGGCGCUGGCUGAGACCUCCCUGCCUCUGCUGGGGAACCCUGGUCUGAUGAACAGCAGUUCGUCUGGUUUGAUGGGAGGCAGUCCUCCUGGUUUAAUGGGCGGGAGCCCCCCUGGUAUGCUCGGCGGUAGCCCCCAUGGAUUGAUGGGUGGUAGCCCACAUGGAUUCAUGGGCGGGAGCCCCCAUGGGUUGAUGGGUGGCAGCCCCCCAGGAAUGAUGGGUAGCACCCCCAGCCUGCUUCAGUCCAGUCACGACGACUUGAACGGAUCACUGGAUCACCUGGACACCAACGGCCACAGCAGCCCUAGAGGAUACUCCCCACAGGCACACAUGUCAGCGAUCCACGUCAAGGAGGAGCCAUUGAACAUGGACGACAAUGACUGUCCGAUGUCGCUGGUGACGACAGCCAACCACAGCCCAGAGCUGGACGACGACCGGGAGCUGGAGGAGGGCAACCUAUCAGAUGACCUGGAGUGACUACUGGAGUCCCUCCCACUACUACAGGCCCCUCCCUCCACCUCCGUCACACUGUCCUCCUACCUGUUUCCUCACAGGCUGUCCUCCUAGAACCUGCUAGAACCAGAACCACUCCUCACCCAGAACCAAACAGAUCAAACAGAUCAGACCACAGCUGACUCUCCUCCCUCCCGACCCGCGGACUGGAGUAUUUAUUGAGCAUGCAUCCGGAAGACGAGGCCCAAAGGAACUCUUUGUUGCAGCCCUUUGGGAUCCCUGACUGAACAUGACAGGCAUGAGACGUCUGGUUUUUAAAACGACUUUCAGACCUGUUUCAUUAAGAUGGCUUGGCCACUACAUACACACAGACAAAUACAGAGGCUCAUGGACGGAAAACGACAAAAACACGAGUCUGGAAACCCGUUCUGUAGAAAGCUAACGGCCUCAUAUACUGCCAAAAAAAGAUGUUGAAUUUUGUGAAUAUCCAAAACCCUCACAGUAGUUGUUGAUGUUAGAAACAAUUGCUGGUUCAAUUCAAACGUUGCUCUGUCCAUCAUUUGCACAGGAGUAGUAUCAGAAAUUAGAGUCACUGCCUGUAUGUUGCUAAAAAUUAAAAAAAAUGUAUUUUCUUUUCUUUUUGCGUUCUACUUUUUGUAUUUUGAUUUCUGGCACCACCAACUGUAAAUGCCAUUUCCUAUUUCCCAACAGUAACAGAAGCACGGUAUCAAGACUGUUACAGCUGUCAAAAAAGUAGGCUUCCAGUCUGUAUCUGUUUGUGAUGAAAGUAAUGAACUUGAUAUCAAGUUUGAAAAACGUAACUGUUUGUGUAAGCACCAACCAAUAUAGAAAAAAUGCAUUUCUGCAUAUUCUUCUGCUGUUCUCUUUUACCUCCUUGUUCUAAAGCUUUGUCUACCUGCAAACAGUCACAGGCAACAGCUAGAAACCAAAGCCAACACUAUCAAUGGCCAAUAGCUUAGACAGAAGCCACCAGACUCUUUGGUCAGCCUUCUGUGACUUUAACUAGUACAAAGAGAAGCUUUCCACAAACUACCUUCUAAAUAACCUCUGGGAUCGUUUCAUUUAGCCCUGUACAAAGAUGAUUCAAGAAAAAAAUAAAAGAUUUUGAUGUGUAAUUUGAUAACUCGUAGUGUCCACUUGGAUUUUAGGGGCGAGAGGGCAGUAUCUGUACAUAUCACAUAACAAGCUAUGUGAUAGAGACUGGUAGAAAGCAGCUAUACUGCAAAAGUGGAUCAUGACCAAAACAAACAUUUGUGUGUUCAAUGGAAGUGCAGAAAAUUGUGUUGUUGUGAAGAUUGUUUUUGAUUUCUUUGUUUUUGUUUUAGAUUUUCCGUUACCCAUCAGGUCAUAGUGUUUUCUAAUCUAGUGAAUAUGUAAUGUUCAGUGGGACUGUCAAAUAUGUCAUGUCUGAUUUCCGUGUGGUUUGUUUUGAGCCGCGUUUAAAACCGAAACUGAAAACACAGUAACCAAACAUUUAAAAUAUCUAGUAAAGCCAAAUAAGUCAUAAUUUCAAGUUGAUAUGAAAAUGGUGUGGCUUGGUUAUCACGUAAAAGCAAAUAAUAUAGCCAUUGUAGAAGACGGAUAUCAAAGGUGAAAAGAAACAUUUUCUAUGUGAUAUUUGCUUUAUUCUAUAGUUUAAAUACUUCAUUACUUAAUUCAUAGCUUCUUAACUACAUAGAUACAGUCAGUGGUAGCGUAGGAGAAGCUAUCUUUAACUGCACUGAAUUCUGUAUAGGGUAGGCAACUUGUAUAUCACAUUUGGGAUUCUAGUGGCAGGAACAGAACUUAGUGGUUGUCUAAAAAUAUAUUUCAUUUCUCUCAGAUAAAUGUCAUCUAGAGAAGUGGAUUCUGUUGCUUUACUGGUCAUUUCUGUUUUCAGUCAAACCAAAGUUACACAAAAUUCUGCCUCUGGUUAUGGGAUACUUAUGUUAUACUCUAGAAAUGACACACACACAAACGCUUUCAAAGGCUCUCACACACACACACACACACACACACACACACACACACACACACACACACACACACACACACACACACACACACACACACACACACACACACACACACACACUGUGUUUUCGGUCUGCCAGCUUUCCUGGUCCUUGUCUUGGUAACCUUCAGAUGCAGAAAAACAGAUAGUGUCAAAUAACUGACUGAGUUGUGUUGUAUUUUAACUGACAGUGUGUGUCUGCUUUGUGCGUAUGUAUGGAAACAUACUCUGCAUAUGUUGUUUUCAAGUGUUGUGCCAAGCCAAAAAAGUUGGCUGCUAGAGCUUAGCGCACUACUACAUACAUAACCAAACACACGUUACACACAGACUCAUGCCGGUUCCACUUCAAGAGGGUGCUGGGCCCAGGAACAAAGCUUAUCCCUUAUGUACUUUGAUGGAGUCAGCAAAAUGACUUGAAGACGAUAUUCAUAAUAAUCUUAUCACACCAAAUAUAAGGACACGGCGUCUUUCAUAAAAGGAUUCUCCCACUUAACCCCAAAAAUGAAGGCUUUCUAAAAGGUUCUACCUCUGCACAACCAAUUCAGAACAAUUAAAUGGCAGAUUGCAAGUCGAGUUAUUAGAACGCAACAAGUGUUACACUUUACUCAAUGGACAUGGCUCCACGGACAGUUUACAUUCCCAACGUCAGAUAUGGAAGAAGAUUAGUAUUGUAAUAGGUUGUCCUCAAACAUUUGUAGAAUGAUAAUGUAAAAAAUACCUUUAAGGGAAUAUUGUGUUUUAAAAUGCAUGUCUAAAAUCAUUUGGUGGACUGGAAAACAAUCAUUAAUAAAUACAAAUAAUAUAAGAAAUACAAAUGAUCAGGAUGAUGACCUAAUGCAUCAGAAUGCAUACCUCGGCUAUACUGUUUGGGAAGGAAAAAACUGUCAGCCACAGAAUGCAUAUUACCUGUAGAUUUUGCAUGGGUUUUGUAAAAAAUAAAAAUGUCUAAAAUAGUUGCUUGCACAUAAUACCAGAAAGAUCUCCAGAACUGCAAUCUGCUCAUCCACUAGAUUUUAGGAUUGUCUGGAUUUUCUGGGAUGAUUUUGUCUGUAUUUUGAUAACUGUGCAUACUAUGUAAAAAUGUUGGUGGACCCAUAAAAUUUACCAGACUUUUUUCUAAGCUAAAAAAAAAUAAUAAUAAUCAGUGUUUCUUUUCUGAAUUUCAUGAUUUUUUACUGUUCUCUCAUUGCUCGCUAAGAAUAGCAAACCUGCUUUUUCUGCAUCAGCUUUGCGUAGCUGUAAGGCUUAACCUAAUGUGUGUAUUUAUUGCUUGUACCUCUGUGCAUACUUUAUGAAGCAUUAUGUCAGGCAGUUGAGUCCUGUAUACUUUCUACUACUAUCAUUCUCUAAUAAUUGGGAAUAUGAUCCCCCUAUGUAUACAGUAAAUUGGGACUGUAGCAAACACAUGUUUAUGUAAUUGGUGAAAACAUUAUAUGUUUUUGUUUUAUUCCUUUAUGAUCGAGCUCAUUUUUGAUACUUUCAUUACCGUGUACUGUGUCCAUGCGUUAAAGAUUCUCUGACAUUAGAAAGUCAUGGUUGAGAAUUGUAACAGCCGUUAUUAUUUUCUGUAUUCAUGGCUUUUCACUGCUGACUAAAAUAAAGGACCAAAACUAGGAUUUGAAAAGCAA